AGAAGGAAGGCAUUCUCUCUCCUCUCUGCAACUGCAAAAUUUCCAACCGUACCGAUUCGCUUCUUCAGAAAGGCCAGUCAGGCGCAUUGCGAGCAACGAGAAGAAGCUCUCCAUUCCUUCCUUCCGAUGGCGUCUUUGUUGAAAACCCUAGCGAAACAAUCGUCCGGUUUGGUGGGUUCCUCUGCUCCCACCGCGACAAGAAAUUUCAGCCUCGUUAGCAGCCAAAUCAGCCAACACACGGCCAAAUGGAUGCAGGAUACAACCAAGAAAUCUCCGAUGGAGUUGAUCAACGAGAUUCCACCCAUCAAGGUUGAGGGAAGGAUUGCUGCGUGCGAAGGAGAUACAAACCCUGCACUUGGGCAUCCAAUUGAGUUCAUCUGCUUGGACCUGAAGGAGCCUGCAGUUUGCAAAUAUUGUGGUCUGAGGUUCGUCCAGGAUCAUCAUCACUAGGAGCUUGGUACGACUUGUCUUCUUUGUGUGAGGCAGGACAAAGGCGUUACACUACAUUAUAUGUUAUCGGGGCAAUCGUGUCAUCUUUGGCAUGCUUAAUGAAUUCUGUAUGCAUCCCAAAUCAUUAGCAGCUUGGUGUUGAUUACCAGGGGAAUAAGCUCUUGAUGUGUGUCUUCUGUCUUGGUGAAUUCUUAGUAGAAAUUGGGAUAUCCAUCCACCCCUUUGCAUUUUUCAUGGAUUCUAUGGAUUUGUAUGCAUAUUGUAUCCUUCCGGGGAAUAAGAUUGCUAUCAUUCAUAAUAUGUAGAGGAUUGACCCAUGAUUAUUGGUUUGGCGAUCUUCAUAUUUUGUUAAGCUGGCUGAAUAGCUUGAUAUUGCAUUGACCCAUAAUU